GCCAUGGAGCCCGAUACGCUGGAGGCGCGCAUCAACAAAGCGACAAACCCCCUGAACAAGGACCUGGACUGGGAUGGUAUCAAUGCUUUCUGUGAGCAGCUCAAUAAGGAGCUAGAGGGUCCUCCACUUGCUACCCGACUUCUUGCCCACAAGAUCCAGUCUCCGCAGGAAUGGGAAGCUAUCCAGGCCCUCACGGUGCUGGAGUCCUGCAUGAAGAGCUGCGGCAAACGCUUCCACGACGAGGUGGGCAAGUUCCGCUUCCUCAAUGAGCUCAUCAAAGUGGUGUCACCCAAGUAUCUUGGCAGCCGGACACCAGAAAAAGUGAAGUCAAAGAUCCUGGAGCUGAUGUACAGCUGGACAUUAGGGCUGCCUCAUGAGGUGAAGAUCUCAGAAGCCUACCAGAUGCUGAAGAAACAAGGGAUUGUGAAGUGCGACCCAAAACUGCCUGACGACGCUCCUUUUCCGCCGCCUCCCCCUCGGCCCAAGAACAUCAUCUUUGAUGAUGAAGAGAAAUCCAAGAUACUGGCUCGUCUCCUGAAAAGUUCCCAUCCUGAGGACCUCCGGGCUGCCAACAAGCUCAUCAAGGAGAUGGUUCAGGAGGACCAGAAGCGCAUGGAGAAGAUCUCCAAGAGGGUGAAUGCCAUUGAGGAGGUGAACAACAAUGUGAGGCUGCUGACAGAGAUGGUGACAAACUACAGCAAGGGGGAGACAACGGAAAGCAAUGAGGACCUAAUGAAGGAGCUGUAUCAGCGCUGCGAGCGCAUGAGGCCCAUGCUUUUCCGGCUCGCCAGUGACACAGAAGACAAUGAUGAAGCUCUGGCGGAGAUCCUGCAAGCCAAUGACAAUCUGACACAGGUGAUCAAUCUCUACAAGCAGCUUGUACGAGGAGAAGAGAUCAAUGGGGAGACGGUGGCCGGUCCCCUUCGAGGCAGCACCUCAGCACUUCUGGAUCUGUCGGGCCUGGAUCUUCCAGCAACAGGCCCUUCCUACCCAGCCUUGCCCACCCUUUCAGGUGGCUCAGCAGUCCCUGUGCCUGACCAAGCUGGCUCUGUCUCCUUGCUGGAUGAUGAACUCAUGUCUUUAGGCCUGAAUGACCCAGCACCGCAUCCUGCCCAGCCUGGUGACAGCAGUGGCUGGAACAGCUUCCAGUCAUCAGAUAGCAACGAGCUCAGUAUCACCCCUAUCACGGCAAUGCCACCAGUCAAAGCAGAUGCUGGCGCAUCCUCCCCCAAACCUUCUCCUUUCACCAGUGGCCUGGAUGACCUGGACCUCCUGGGCAAGACUCUGCUGCAACAGUCUUUGCCUCCAGAGUCUCAACAAGUGCGAUGGGAGAAGCAGCAGCCACCCCCCCGGCUCACCCUGAGGGAUCUCCAGAACAGGAGCAGCUCUGGCACCACGGCCCACAAUCCCAGCGCUCUGCCCGUGCUCCAGAGUGUUUCCCCUAACCCCACAGUGCCCCUGACCUCAGAGCUGCCUGCCCCUGCUAUGCUUCCAAAAGCUGCCACCACACCAGCAGGAAGUACUGCAGUCCCACCGCGGCCUCCUGCCACCUCGCUGCCCCAAGAGAUCUCACUGGCCAACAUCACUGUGCCUCUGGAGUCAAUCAAACCCAGCAGCAUCCUCCCUGUGACAGUGUAUGAUCAGCACGGCUUCCGUGUCCUCUUCCACUUUGCUAAGGAUGCCCUGCCCGAGAGGCCCGAUGUGCUUGUGGUGGUGAUUUCCAUGCUUAGCACAGCCCCGCAGCCCAUCCGCAACAUUGUCUUUCAGUCCGCCGUCCCCAAGGUGAUGAAGGUGAAGCUACAGCCUCCCUCAGGCACGGAGCUGCCGGCGUUCAACCCCAUUGUCCACCCCAGUGCCAUCACACAAGUCCUGCUGCUCGCUAACCCACAGAAGGAGAAAGUGAGGCUACGAUACAAGCUGACCUUCACCAUGGGAGAGCAAACCUACAAUGAAAUGGGGGAUGUGGACCAGUUCCCCCCGCCGGAGUCCUGGGGAAACCUCUAGGGCCGCACGUUGCAGGCACUACACUGCAGAGUCCUUGGGAAGCCAGCCCUGUGGGGCUGGAGCAGC